AUGGCUUCGCGUUUCUUAUCGACGACACUAAUCACACCUCCGGCGAAUCUCACCAAAUCGCCGGGGAGACUCGGCUUAAGAAAGGGUCGAGUCAAUUUCAGAGCAUUAAGCGAUGGUUCGCAAGGAUCCGUCGAUGGAACCGUUUACAAAGGUGUUUACGGUCCAUGGACCGUAGAACCAUCCGAUGUCAAAGAGGUUGUUCUGUAUAGGUCAGGGCUAGUAACUGCUGCUGCAUCGUUUGUAGCUGCUUCUUCUGCUGCUUUUUUACCAGCGAACUCAUGGUUAAGUGAAACAAUCAAGCAAAACCAUGAUUUCUUUUACUUUGUUGGUGCUAGUGGUUUGGGUCUAUCACUGUUUCUGAUUCAUAUUUAUGUAACGGAGAUUAAGAGGACUCUUCAGGCUUUAUGGGCACUUGGUUUUGUUGGUUCGUUAGCUGUUUAUGCAACACUUGCUAGACCAGCUAGUGAUAACUUGGUUCAUUAUGUUGUUGAUCAUCCUACCGCUGUUUGGUUCGUUGGUCCUCUUUUCGCUGCGCUUACGGGACUCGUUUUUAAAGAAGGACUAUGUUAUGGAAAGCUAGAAGCUGGCCUUCUCACGUUCAUCAUACCUUCAGUUCUUCUCGGGCAUUUGACUGGUCUGAUGAAUGACGAGGGAAAACUGGUGUUGCUAGGAACGUGGAUGGCGCUCUUUGUAUUAUUUGCCGGAAGAAAAUUCACUCAGCCUAUAAAGGAUGACAUCGGGGAUAAAUCUGUUUUCAUGUUCAUGGCUCUUUCGGAAGAUGAGAGGAAGGCUGUGGUUGAAAAACUCGAGCAAGAAAAGUCCAUGUAA